AUGCUCCUCGGGUUAACAGGUGCCGCUGUUGGAAGUGGGCUCCAGUACCGGAACUUUAUCUGGUACGCCUACUUUAUCAACACGCCACAGGCAGCUUCAUAUGAAAUCGCGGACAAAAUCCCAGAUUGGAUUGUGCCAGCAGGUGAUUCUGUCGGCGUGCUCACGCGAAGUCUGCUGCAUCCAGACUGGUUUCUGCCCAUCGGUAUCUAUCUUAUAGGAAAACUGCUCGGCACGUUGCGGUUUGUGAGUGGACAGUAUAUUCUGUUUCGACUCACAGCGGACCUCGAGCGGCUCCCAUACCCCAUGGCACCGAUUAGUGCGCAAGGUGCAACUGCCCUCGCGGAAACGACAGGCAAAGAAGAGACCUGGCGGUGGCGCGUCUUCUCUAUUGGCUCUAUGGCAGGGUUAAUCUGGGGAUUCCUCUAUAUCGGUGUGCCUUCGCUCACUGGUGUCAUGAUGAGCCAGCCGAUUCAGAUUCUGAAGAUCCCGUGGAUAGAUUUCACACAGAGUAUAGAAGGUUUCGCACCAACAGGCGUUUUUGCCCUUCGAACCGAUUUUGGACAAAUGCUCAUUGGGUUCGUGAUGCCGUUCCCGGUUAUCAUGACAGAGUUUCUUACGGCGAUGAUAUCUCAAUUUAUCGUGAACCCACAAAUUCUGUACCGCUACGAGAUUCUCCACCAGUGGUCCCCCGGUUUAGAUGUUCGUGGUGUCGGCUUGUUUAAUGGAUUGGAUUUCUGGAUUAGUUACGGCAUGGGUAAGAAUUUUAGUCUUGCGAUCGUCGGAAUGGCAGCUUCAAUUCCGAUGCUUUUCAAACUACGGAAGACCCAAAAAGCUGCUGGCGAACGGGGAUCGUUCGCGACACCGCCGAACCGUGGCGAUUUCCCGAUAUGGUUGAUGGGAUUAAUGUGGCUCGCCGGUAUGGGCGGAUUUAUUUGGCUCAUCCACUGGAUGGUUCCGAAUUUCCCGUUGAGUUUCUUGCUUGGCUACGCAUUCCUAUAUACACCGAUUAAUUCGUAUGUUACCGCACGGACCUUCGGUGUCUUGGGACGCGACCUAUUUGAAAUACCGUAUCUACACGAAAUUACCUUUAUUUUGAGUCGCUACGAAGAGGUAGAUAUCUGGUUUGCACCACUCCCAGACGAAGAUUAUGGACGCGGCACCCAAAGUUGGCGAGUACUUGAAUUGACAGGUACUACCUUCACUUCAAAUCUCGCGGGUACACUGCUGAUUAUGCCGAUUCUACUUGUCAGUGGAAUUGUGGUGCUUCACUUUAUCUGGCAGAUUGCACCUAUUCCCAGUGCACAGUAUCCGUUUGCCCAGAUGAUGUGGCCCAUUAACGCCACAAAUGAAUGUCUCUGGAAAACAUCGCUGCGGGAUGGAAACAGCCAGAUGCUUCAAGCGAUUCGCGGUGACUAUGUCGCCGCUGGACUCACCUCAAGCAUCGCAAUCUAUGGGAUGUUGUGGGUAUUUAAACUGCCCACAAUGUGGUUCUACGGAAUUAUCGGUGGUAUCGGCGCGGAUCCGGGAGGCAUGGUUGCACGGCUACUCGGUGCGGUCAUUGGACGGUUCUACAUGAUUAAGCGGUUCGGGUUGCGGCGCUGGUAUAUGUUUAAUCCGGUGCUUGCGGCAGGAUUUGCGUGCGGUGUCGGUCUUAUCGGCAUACAACUUGAAAUACCCACGGCAUGGGAACUUAGCGGGCUCAGCGGAGAUCAGAAAACAGGAUAUCUCCGGCUUGACGAUGGGGAGAUGCCUCGCCUUGAACUCAAAUGGGCGCAUACUCGACGUAAAAAGCCAGACCUCCAUGCCACGCUCGACGAAUACUUCAAGUUGAUUCGCAAGACUUAUAAGAAAGGCACCGAACUCUCUUUCCGUCGGAACGUUAACUUCAUUAAAGAAGAGGAAUUCUUUAAGGGACGCACCGUUCUCGGUUUUAGUUGGAAAGGGAAUAUUCGUGCUAAUGGACUGAUCUUCCACGCUGGGAAACGGAUCACGAUCGUGCAGGUGAUGGGACGGCUCAAGGAGAAUUUGCGACCCACGGUCCUUCGGGUUUUCGAAUCAAUUACAGACCGUGUUGAUGCACCACUGACGCUGUGGAGUGCUUAUGGGCUUAAGUUAGGGGUUCCGAAAGAAUACAAAUUGGAACGUCAGAAACUGCUCAGUGGCUACCUGUUAUUUGCCUUCACUGCAAAACCUGUCCGCCUUCAAAGUGCGGUAAAGCUUGCUAAAUUGGCAAGCAGUCGCCUACGGAGUAAUGGUUCUGUAGAAGAUUUAGAUACCACUCCGCCGGACAAAGGACGGCUUAGCGUGGAACGGUACGGACCCGCAGAGGUGAUGCUGAAUGACUAUAAAGACGCACCGAAUCCAUUAGAGGCAUGGUUUCGCGCCAAAUACGCAAAAGCGAUUCGUGGCUAUGGAUUUGAAGUAACGUCGGAUACAGACUCGGUGGAUGAACGUCUGACACUUAUUGGAGAGCAGACGCGGCUCUAUGAUGGUGUGCCAUUCAGCCCCGUGCUGAUACUCGAUAAAUUAUCCAAGAGGACAGCACUUGUAUUUCAUCUAUGGCGAUGCAAUCAUUCCAACCGUAUCUAUGUUAUCCAGUCCAUCGGCAGUACCGACGCGCGUUCGACCAUCCAAAAGGUCACUGAAAGUAUUGAAUGCCAUUGA